AUUUAGAUGUGUAAAGUUUUUGUUCAUUCUUGAGGUUUGACUUGCCAUUUUGCUUGAGUGGAGGUGCGUUACUAUGAUAGCCUGUUUUCCAUGGGAUUUAUAUCAACGUGCGACAUGAAUUUACCUGAGAAAUGUGAUAAAACGGAAUAAUAGUAAUUCAGAAGAUGAAAAUAUUAUGGCUUCGGUUCUACAUCAUGGAACAUUACGGAUAAUGUUUACAUGAAAAAGAAAAUUUGUUACAUUAAUAGUAAAUAUUCAUAGUUGGAUUAUUUACAAAUUUUAUUUGAAACCAUGAGAUUGUGCAGCUUUGUGUAUCUUUUCUACACCUGCCUGGGUGUUACAAUAAGUAGUACCGACCAGAAAAAUGUGCUUCUUCACGAAGCUGUUCGGACGCUGUUGGGAUUUCAAGAUUCUCCAGGCCGCUAUCUUAAACUUCAGACAGUCCCAAACUUCUUAUCGGAACAGGCGCCCCAGUACAUGAUGGAUUUGUACGAAAAGUUUAAAAACAGUCGCAUUUCCAAGGGACAUUUAUCUGGAAAUACUGUUAGAAGUAUACAUGCUGAAAUAGCUGUUGUGAAUGGGGAGACCAUGUUUAUUUUUAACCUGACGUCCAUACGUCGAACAGAGCUGUUAUUGAGCGCAGAAAUUCAUUUGUACAAACGGAAACCCAAACGCUUCAAUCCCAAAAAAGACAUUGAAUUAAAAAUGUAUGAAGUAGCCCCUCAUUACAUGUCUGAGGAAGGGAAGAUUACAAUGCGGGCUGAGUCCUAUGGCUGGCAGUGGUAUGAUGUUACCAAGGCCGUAGGUAGUUGUCUGGCUGCAAGACGAAAAGUACCCCAUUUAUUUGCCUUGAAUUUUAAAGCCGAGAAACAAAAUGGGAAACUGAGAGACAUUGCAUUACGGAAAUUCAUCCGCCAUCAUUCCAUGCCAUUUUUAAUUGUGUACACGAACGAUACUCAAGAAAGUCGUUUUGAUCAGUUAGAUUCGUUAGCAGAUAAAAUCAAAAGUGACUCUACUUCUAAUAAAAAUUUAGAAAAGAAGAAAUUAUCAGAUGUGGUGACAGAUAUCAAAAUAAGAGAUAAAAGAUCAAUAUAUGACAAUGAAAUUCCGGAGAAUCCAGAUGAUUAUGGUCGUAUAGAGCGAAAAUUUAACAUUCCCCAAACGCAUCCAGGUAUUCUCCAAACUCGAAAGCAAAAUCGCAACAAAAACUCUGGCUCUAGACGUAUACCAUAUCCAAGUAAAGCCAAACGGAGAAAGCACAGAAAGCGGAAAAACAGGAGAAAGAAAAAUAGGCGGAAGAAUAGAGUGUUUCCGAAAGAGUGGAAAAACGUUAAACAAAACAUGGCUACGGAGGAAAAGAGCGGCCAUCUUUGUGGUCGUCAAAAGCUUGUAGUGGAUUUUGCAGAUAUUGGGUGGGGAGAUUGGAUCAUAUCCCCUAAAUCUUUCGAGGCCCACUAUUGCGCAGGAUCAUGUCCAUUUCCUCUUACAAAGCGAUUGAGACCUUCAAACCACGCUACAAUACAAAGUAUGGUCCACGCCAUUGGAAUAUACACCGAUGUACCAGCCCCUUGUUGUGUGCCCGAUUCCAUGUCUUCUGUGACGCUUCUCUAUUUUGACGAAAAUAGGAAUGUUGUCCUGAAAAAUUAUCCAAGUAUGACAGUUAAUUCUUGUGCAUGCAGGUAGAUCCAAAAUGAUGCCACUAAUUUUUUGAAUGAAUAUUCUUGAUAUUCAAAGUACCAGAUUUCGUUCGAAAUGAAAUUGUCUAAUUCAGCGAUAUCCCUGGUAAUUCUUAAGGAACACGAACCAAUUCACAAACUCGAUGACAACGGAUGUUGAACUUCUAAGUAUAAAUUGCCAAAUUUCAAUGCAGAAUGAAAAAAUGACGCCAAUAUGACAUCAGGGCUCCACGUAUGUUCGAAGCGAAUUUCCGGAAGUCUACGGUCCAAGAUCCAAACUAUCACCAUUGUUGUUGAUACUUUUUUAAAUUUAUAUUUUGUUUAUAUAUGUCCAUGGUGACCAUCUCUCACUUUUGAUUAAAUUCAGGACAGGGCCAGUGUCUGUGCGAAUCUACCUCAUGUUUUAAACUAGCCAGCACAAGAUGACAGAUGUGGAGAGGAGACGCUAAAAAAAGCGCCAAUAGUACUAAAAGAAUUUGUGAUUAUUGUUUAAUACCUAUUCAUUGUUUGUUCUUAACAUUUACGUAAUAUCGUGCAAAGUCCAUAGUUUUAGAAACGCUUAGUUGCAAUUGCAACGACUGCGAGUAAACUAGGGUAUCUGGGACUUUUUUCAACAAGGAGACUUUUUGAAUCACAAUAUCUCAGGAAAAAUAAACCAUCUGCAAAAUUAUAUACAAUGUACGUAAGAAAUGUAAGAAAAUUUCAGAAUUUGAUAAUAAUUAUAUGUUGCAAUUUAAAAACAAAACAUGUUUUGUCUAACUGUAGGUCAGCUGAUUUAUUUUCGAUAUAUAAUUGUAGAUUGUAGAAACACCAAAAUAUUUUU